AUUGAGGAAAACUAAGAAAAGCGUGUGACUGCAACCAGUUGGAACGAAGUCGAAAACCGCAAAAAUCAACUGAAACAUAUAAAAUUAAAAGAAAAUAAAACCUAAAAAGUUCUUAGAGCGCGAAAAACAUAAAUAAAUAAGACAAACAAUACCACAAACCGUCAGUAUGGACUCGUUUUACGAUGGCGACCUCAAAGAUAUAUGGGACUCCGAUCUAGAUCCGACGGAAUCCUUGAAAAUAAGCAGUGAUCAUGAUAUGCACGAUUGGUUUUACGAUCGUGAUGUCAAGGAUCCGACUGUCAUACUAAACGACAAGCUCAUCUCCGACGCGCUGCUCAAUGGCACGGGCCCAAUCAAAACGGAGCAUUCCUAUAGUCUCAACAGCGACGGUGACUCCCUGCCCGAUUCACCAAAAAGCCUGCAGGCCAAGAUCGAUGAUAUGGAUGACGAGUGCUACUCUGGAAGUGGGCGCAUCACCAUCGAUCCAAAAUGCCUGACACUACACCCGCCCGCAAGAAACAGCCGCAGCACCGCCAUGCUGAGCAGCAUUAGCAGCAGCAGCGCCAGUUCCGCAUUGAGCACAGCCAUUACGGAGUUGGCGGCUGCAUCCACAGCGGUCGCACGCAGCAAUGCCGAGGUGCAGCAGCACAGCAGCGGCAGCAGCAGUGGUAACGGCAGCAUCAACGUUUCACUGGAACAUUUUCAACUACCUCAACACUUGGCGGAAAUGUACGACGACAACGAUUGCAGCUCAUCGGUGUCAUCGGCCCGGGAGGGCAGCAUAUCACCGGAUAUAUGCUCAGACAUUGAGAUCGAAGAGGCGAUCAUUAAGGAUGAGCCGAUGUCGCCAGAUUCCAGCUGCCCCGCCAGUCCAAACUCACAGAACAGCAGCGCCCAGCAGCUGAGCCUUAAUCUGGCCAAUUUGCAGCCAGAAUUGCUCUUCGACCAAAAGCACGGUGGCCUUCUGCUUGCCACCAGCAGCAACAGCCUCAUCAAAUCCCAGCAGCAACAGCUCUUGCUUGGCCAGGGCAGCCAAGGCCUAAUGCUGCCCAAGAUGGCCAUCAAGAGCGAGAAAGAAAGCAACGCCAGCAACAGCACGGGCAAAUCGCAUGCUUAUGGCAUUCCGCUGACACCGCCUUCCUCUCUGCCCAGCGAUGACUCGGAAGGUAACUUGUCACCGGAACAUUUGUAUGCGCCACUGUCGCCCAAUGCUUCCGUUUCCAUAUCCGCCGUGAGCAAUGCAGCCGCCAAUGGUGAAACCGCAAACAAUGGUAGCGCGCGACGGGCUGCUGCCGCCAUAACCCGCGCCGCCAGUAGCAAUGGUGCCUCCAACACGGCCGCACCAUCGACGAGGCAGCCCAUACACACACCGUUAAUCAGCUCACAGCCGAAAGGCUCAACGGGCACUCUGCUAUUGACAGAGGAAGAGAAACGCACGCUGCUCGCUGAGGGCUAUCCGAUACCACAGAAGCUGCCACUCACCAAAGCCGAAGAGAAAUCGCUCAAGAAGAUACGACGCAAAAUUAAAAAUAAGAUCUCUGCUCAGGAAAGUCGUCGUAAAAAGAAAGAGUACAUGGAUCAGCUAGAACGGCGAGUGGAAAUUUUGGUUACUGAAAAUCAUGAUUACAAGAAGCGCCUUGAGUCACUGGAGGAGACCAAUGCCAAUCUACUUAGUCAGCUGCACAAAUUGCAGGCCCUAGUUAGCAAGCACAAUGUGAAAAAGUCCUAAACCUGAUACCAAGGCCCAAUGCUGGCCACGGUUCAUGUUUGCCUGCCUGCCCGAGAGAUAUUUUAUUUUAUUAUUUUAUUUUAUUUCGUUGUAUCGAAAACAGAACGAGUUUCGUGUGAAAGUGUUUGUUUGUUUAAGAAUUUAUCAGUUUAGAAAGAACAUUUAAA